GGGUUUCCUCCCCGCCGCCGCCGCCGCCGCCGCAGACCGGCUCCCGGCUCGGCGCGGCGCGGCUCGGCCCGCUCGGCCCCGCCAUGUCGCAGGUGCUGCCCUACGGCGAGGACAAGGUGGGCCGCUACGGCGCCGAGCCCGAGGCAGGGGAGCUGCCCUUCAGCUGCCGCCUGCAGGACACCAACGCCUUCUUCGGGGGCAACCAGGGCAAGCGGCCCCCGAAGCUGGGACAGAUCGGCCGCGCCAAGAGAGUGGUGAUCGAGGAUGACCGGAUAGACGAGGUGCUCAAGGGCAUGACGGAGAAGUCGCCGCCGGGGGUGUAAGCCGGGACCCGCCGCCAGGACCCGCCGCCGAGCCCCGCUCCCAGCCCGGGCCUGCAUGCUGGCUGGGCCGCCGAACCGGAGGGGGAGGCCGUGCCCGUGUCCCCCCCUGAGCCCGGGGGGGGGGCUCUGCGGCUACCACCACCCCCUCCGAGCCAUGCACUUUACCCCUCCGCCUCCCCCGGGGGUGGGGUGGGGGGACAAAACACCGAACCCCCCACCCCAGGGCAAAGACCCCUCUCCCCGAGGGAGUCCAGCCCCCCGCUCCACGGUGCGUCCCCCCAGUCCUGCUUGGCGGGGGGUCCCCGAAUCUCGGGGCGGAUCCAGCCCCAUGAGCCGGGGGAGCGCUGCUGUCCAGAGACAUUUUUUGCUCCAUCGUUUUUUGCAUGAGCUUGGUGGUCCCGGGGCCGAGGGUCAGCCCCACCACUCCGGCACGCUUCUUUUUAAACAGAAACUCCUCAUAUUUGUAUUUUUAUAUCCGAAUCUUUGUUAAAAAUGAUCUGCUGACGUUGAGAUGUUGAAGUAACCGCAUCGGGAAAACAAACAAACAAACAAAUGGUUCAUAUUUUUUUCCAUAAGAAAAAAAAAGACAAAAAAAGAAGAAAAAACCGAGGGGGGGAAAUAAAGGGAGGGGUGAGAAAGAUGGAGGGAGUGUGAAGAUGCAAGGAGGGGAGCAGGGACCCCUGGGCUGACCGCCACCAUCGGCAGCAGGACUGGCUGGAGGGUCUGGCAGCCACAGACCCCUCCCCACAGUGCCAGGGGCCAGAGCCCUUCAAGAGAGCUGUGGGGGCCAGGGGGGUCCUGGUGCUGCCCCUCACUCCAGAGUAGAGGUGCUGGGGAGUAUGGGGGGAAGUGGGGAGGGCAGGGACCGGCCUGAGUUGUUGUUUUUAAUUUUGUACUUUAAUUUAAUUUUAUUUUUUAAGAAGCUUCUUGGGGGGUUCUGAUGUGCAUGAGAAACUUGUCAUCUUUUUCAAUAACCUACGAGUAGCAUUUAUGGAGACAACGACGCCAAAAAACCACACAAAAAAAAUAAAAACAAAAAACCCAACCACCAAACAAAAAACAAAACUGAGAAAAAAAAAGAAAAAAGAAAAAGAAAAAAAAAUACUUGUGUCAUGAUGUUCUACGAAUGAUCCAUUGUAAAUUUAAAUGCCAUUUUUCACUGUACUGGUGAACAAAAUGCAAUGAAUAAAAUACAUUCAUGUA